AUGGCUACUCCUGCUCAACCACAAUACGUCCAACAACCGCUAGUAAUUCAACAGCCAGCACAAAUGAUUCCUGUCCAGCAGCCACAAAUAAUACACAAACAAAAUAAGGCUCCUUCUGGUACCGGACUUGGCAUCUUCUUGAGCCUGUCUGGUCUAGCCAGUGUGAUAUUCGGUACCGUUGGAAUUUUCAAGGCCAAUUAUAGAGGCUACUCGUUCCAUUCUCAUACUUAUUAUACCUAUUAUAAUCCAACCAGUUGGUACGCCGGAGAUAUUUGGGGAGGAUUAUUUUAUUUCAUAUGUGGAAUCUUAGCCGCUGUUACUUACAAGAAACAAAACGACGUUCAUCAGAUGAACACCUUCUAUGCUUUCUCGAUAAUGAGCUUUAUAUUAUCAUUACCUCACUUUGGCUUAAGCCUUGGCUUUAUGUUUAACUACGGCGCUCGUUACACGGAAUGGUUCAACAUUGUUUCAAUGAUUUUUGCAUUAAUUGGCUUUUCUUGCAGUUUGACUUUCAUCAUACUUUUAAGUAAAGAAAUUUAUUGUAAACCUACCCCACCGGGUGCUUACACAGUCCAAUUUCAAGGUAAAAGUCAAGUUCUAACUGUGCAGCAAUAUCCUAACCAACAAUACCCUAACCAACAAUAUCCUAACCAACCAGUCAUAAUGCAAUACCAACCCGCUCAACCAACGUACACGCAAGUUGCGCCUGUUGGGGGGUAUACUGUAGCCCCUACUCAAACUCAAACUGCUACUAUUCAGCCAGAACCAGUAAAAACUGCGAGUGGUGAUGCCUAA